AUGACUAACGCAUUGCUAGAGAAUAUAAAAAGCAUUCCACCAGUGACUCGGUUUUUCACUAUAUCCACCGUGUUAGCAUGCUUGGGGGUCACUACAUUUUCAGCAUUUCCUUCAUUGUACAUCAAUCUUGGCGAGCUAUUGAAGGAGUAUGCAUUGGUUCGAGCUGUGGUUCGUCGCGGGCUGUACUUUGACAUUUUCAAAGUUGUUGCCACUACUGUUUUGGGAUGGUACAGGUUUGUCACCUCGUUUAUGGUUCCACCUGGUAUCAUGUCUCCCAACCGAAUCAACGCCUUAUUCGAUACUUAUUUCUUCUACACCUUUUCCAAUCACUUGGAGGCCCAUGAAGGUAAAUUCAAGGGAAACUUUCCUGACUACUUGUGGUUUAUCAUAUUGUGCGGCUCGUGCAUACAAGUGUCUAAUCUAGCGUUGGAGGCCAUCACUGGUAACUACUCACUGGCAACGUAUUUUCCACAUGAAAACUUAUUAGCGUGUUUGACUUAUGUUUGGUCGAGAAGUUUAAAGAAUGCAAGGAUCAACUUGCUAGGUCUAAUUCCCAUCAAGGCAUAUUACUUGCCUUUGGGUAAUUUAACUGUGAAGCUUAUUCUUGGUGGACCGGUGUCACUUAUCGAUACUUUAGUUGGGAUUAUAAGUGGGUACUUGUACCUUUGUGUGCAGCUGAACACCAUGCCGAUUUACAACUUGUUGCCGGGAGCUUAUGGAAUGUCAAAGAAAAAGAGAAACGAUGAAGGUAGAAGGGUCGGAAUGACUCACGUUGAUACUCCAUCACAUUUUGGUGGGUUUCAGGCUGACUAUAUUGAUGAUAGCAUAUAUGACAAGGGUUACCUAAAGGCUCCUCAGUGGUUGUACAAUCUCUUAUCAUACCCCAAUAAUACGUCUGUGAGGACUACAGCAUUUACACCUGGUGUUGGCGCUUCCAACAGGGUGACAACGUCUUUCUCAAGAAAUCAACCUCAGAGAGAAGUAACACCGACUGGUAGCACCACGGGAUAUUCCUGGUUUGGUGGAAGUGGAACGGCAUUCAAAGGCAAAGGACACAGGUUGGGUGAUUAA